AUGCGUGUCUUGCCUGCUUUGCUGCUCCUCUCGGCUCUCUGCCCGCCCAGUUCCGCCGUCCCCGCCGGAUCCAGCAUCACUCCGCCGCCGCCUCUCCAACCCGUCCAGCUUCUCAACCAGCGUGCGGACCCACGCCGACCAUGGACGCGAUUGCGGGAUUGGGUGAUUGAGUCGGUCUGGGGGAUUCCGCGGACCUGUCCUAAGCGGACAGGUAUCCCCUCGAACGUGCGAGAUCGGUACGACAGCGAUGUUGUGCUCCGCUUUCACUUGCGCCAUCCCGAUGACGCCGAAGCACUGGCUGCGGCGUCGCGCGUGCUCGUGCUGGAUGUGUGGGCUAUCACAGCCCAAUAUGUGGACAUUCGAUUAGCAGAUGACAUGAUCCCUUCCUUGCUCGACCUCCUUCCUCCCUCUCUUCGCUCCGCUCACACCCCGCUCAUGGAUGACUUAGUCGACAUGAUUUACAAUACAUACCCAAGACAUCUUCAUCCGACGCUGGAUGCUGAGCCUGACUUUCGAUCCAGCGGCCGACGACCUGACUCGGUCGGCGAUGUCUUUUUUCUCGAUUACCAGCCUCUCUCCGUGAUUGUGCAAUGGAUGCGCUUAAUGGCAUCCAUGUUCGCAUCACAUGCCCGCCUCACCAGUGUCGGAGUCUCAUAUGAAGGGCGGGAUAUUUCGGCACUGCGCAUCGGCGUACCCCCCUCUGAAUCCGAAUCGUCUACUCCCCGGAAGACCAUCGUGAUGGUCGGCGGUACUCAUGCCCGAGAAUGGAUCAGCACCUCCACUGUCACCUAUGUUGCAUACAGCCUCAUCACCCAUUAUGGUCAGUCGAAGGCGGUCACGCGCCUGUUACAUGAAUACGACUGGAUCCUUGUUCCCACCCUCAAUCCGGACGGCUAUGUAUACUCAUGGGAGUCGGACCGGCUGUGGCGCAAGAACCGGCAACCAACCGGCCUGCCCUUGUGCCCGGGGGUGGAUCUAGACCGGGCGUGGGACUUUGAGUGGGAUGGCGAGUCGACCCGAUCUAAUCCCUGCUCUGAGAACUAUGCGGGAGCCGAGCCCUUCGAGGCUCUGGAAUCGCAACGACUGGCCCAGUGGGCCCAAAACGAGACCGAAAGUGGUCGGGCUGACAUUGUUGGGUUCUUGGACCUGCAUUCGUAUUCCCAGCAGAUCCUCUAUCCCUAUUCCUAUAGCUGCUCCUCAGUUCCUCCGACCCUUGAAAGCCUUGAAGAGUUGGCUCUGGGACUGGCCAAGGCCAUCCGCCAGACCACCCGGGAGUCAUAUGAUGUAACCUCUGCAUGUGAGGGCAUCCUCCCCAACGGUGUUGCUGCUAGUAUCAGUUCUGGCGGCAGUGCCCUCGACUGGUUCUAUCAUAAAUUGCAUGCGACCUAUUCUUAUCAGAUCAAAUUGCGGGACCGUGGCAGUUAUGGCUUCCUGCUUCCUUCAGAGCACAUCAUCCCAACGGGUAAGGAAAUCUUCCAUGCGGUGUUGGCCUUUGGCAAGUUUGUCUGGGGUGAGGACCUAGAGGUCGAGGAGACCGACGCGCCUAGUGUGAAGACCCCCUUCAACUUCGAGCAGAGACCACUUGCCAAGUAG